UCCACACUUCUCUGAAUCUACCUCCCUAAACCCUCUCUGCUUACAAGAUUCAAAGUUCAAGAAUUUCAUAUAAUGGCCAUCAGAAAGUCCAAUAAACUAUCACAAGCUGUUGUGAUCAAGCAAAUUCUCAAAAGAUGCUCAAGUUUUGGGAAGAAGCAGAGCAACAAUGAAGAAAAUCUUCCUGAAGAUGUACCAAAAGGACACUUUGCAGUGUAUAUUGGUGAGAACAGGACAAGACACAUUGUCCCAAUUUCAUGGCUGGAUCAUCCAGAGUUUCAAGGUCUGCUCCAAAGGGCUGAGGAAGAGUUUGGUUUCUGUCAUGACAUGGGACUCACAAUUCCCUGUGAUGAAGUGGUUUUUGAGUCCCUAAUCUCAUUGAUGAGAUAGGAAGGAAGAGAUAGACAUUGCUUACCAACAUGAAAGUCCUUGUCAUGCGGUGGUUUGCGGCUUAAAACCCCUUGUCAAGUGGUGGUUCUGAACUUCUCACAAGAUCACUAUUGUUAGCAUUUUACCAUUGGCAUUGUGAUUGAAUUGUAUAUAAUAUGUUUGUAUUAGCUAUUUAGCUUAUUUUUCUCAAGAUUAAAUUUUGAUAUCCUAUUAAGGAGCUACUCCGGAGUAUGGCUUUAAUCAAGUUUUUGGUCCCUAACCUUUGUCAUAAAUAUGGCUUUAGUCCC